AUGAAUGCAUAUAAAAAGAAGUAUAGUCUUGAAAACCCAGAAGAUAUACAAGAACUUAUCGACUUAGUGGAAAAUGGCGAUUUGUCGGAUAUUGAAGAAAAUGAAGACGAAGACGAUAUUUUAGAAAGCGUGACCGUCCCCGGUGAACCAAGAGUAGGACCUGACACUCUGACAAAGAUGGAUGAGCAACUUCAGGAAAGAAACGGAAACCAACACGGUGCCGAUGACUCCAGCAGUGAUGACGAAUCUUUAUCAGUAGUAGCAGCUAAGAGAAGUGGAGUUACUUGGAAAAAAAUUAAAUUUGAAACAAUAAGACAAGAAUGGAAUCAAGACCAAGACCCAAUUGAGCCUGCAUACCCUAUUGAAUAUUUCUUAAGGUAUAUUUCCGUCAAAAACUUUAGACCAACAACCGAAUCUGAAAUAAAAGUUUUAAUAGCUCUUCAUAUCAUGAUUGGAUGCCUGAAUAGAUUUCCUCGAAUUAGAAUGUAUUGGGAUCGUACCCUAAGAAUUUAUGCUUUUUUGGAAAACAUGUCAAGGGAUAGGUUUUUUCAGUUACGCAGCUGUCUUCAUUUCGUAAAUAAUUUGGAAAAGCCAACUGAAUCAAAAGAUAGACUCUUUAAAGUUAGGCCAAUUAUGAAUUCUGUCAGAAAAAGAUGUUUGCAAUUAAACCUCGAACGUCAACUUUGUGUUGAUGAGCAAAUGAUUCCUUUCACUGGAUCUAUAAACAUAAAACAGUAUAUUAAAGGCAAACCAUGUCCAUGGGGAAUAAAGGUCUUCGUGUUAAGUGGAAAAAGUGGACAAGCUUAUGACAUUGUGUUUUAUCAAGAAAAGACAACAACAACAAAAUUUGGACAGGGAGCUAGUGUAAUUCUUCACUUUGCAAACAGGAUUUCUCAACCAGGCCAUCAAUUGGUUUUUGAUAACUUCUUCAAUUCCUAUUUGCUUCUUGUUGAGUUAAAAAAGAAAGAGAUACUUGCUGCUGGGACUAUAAGAAUAAACAGAUUUUUUCAGCCUCCCGUUAUGAGCGAUAGAAAUAUGAAAAAAGAAGCAAGAGGAUUUUCUGAAGAAGUUGUUAGCGAGGAUGGCGUAGUUAAUGGUUAG